AUGGCGAAGGUGUCAGAGCUUUACGAUGUCACUUGGGAAGAAAUGCGAGAUAAAAUGAGAAAAUGGAGAGAAGAAAACUCAAGAAAUAGUGAGCAAAUUGUGGAAGUUGGAGAGGAAUUAAUUAAUGAAUAUGCUUCUAAGCUUGGAGAUGAUAUUUGGAUCAUAUAUGAACAGGUGAUGAUUGCAGCUCUAGACUAUGGUCGGGAUGACUUGGCAUUGUUUUGUCUUCAGGAGUUGAGAAGACAGUUUCCUGGCAGUCACAGAGUCAAGCGACUAACUGGCAUGAGAUUUGAAGCCAUGGAAAGAUAUGAUGAUGCAAUACAGCUAUAUGAUCGAAUUCUACAUGAAGAUCCAACUAACACUGCUGCAAGGAAGCGUAAGAUUGCCAUUCGAAAAGCCCAGGGAAAAAAUGUGGAGGCCAUUCGGGAACUGAAUGAAUAUCUGGAACAAUUUGUUGGAGACCAAGAAGCCUGGCAUGAACUUGCAGAACUUUAUAUCAAUGAACAUGACUAUGCCAAAGCAGCCUUUUGUUUAGAGGAGCUUAUGAUGACUAAUCCACACAACCACUUAUACUGCCAGCAAUAUGCUGAAGUUAAAUAUACCCAAGGUGGACUUGAAAACCUUGAACUUUCAAGAAAGUAUUUUGCACAGGCAUUGAAACUGAACAACAGAAAUAUGAGAGCUUUGUUUGGACUUUACAUGUCAGCAAGUCAUAUUGCUUCUAAUCCAAAAGCAAGUGCAAAAACAAAAAAGGACAACAUGAAAUAUGCUAGUUGGGCAGCUAGUCAAAUAAACAGAGCUUAUCAGUUUGCAGGUCGAAGUAAGAAGGAAACCAAAUACUCUCUUAAGGCAGUCGAAGACAUGUUGGAAACACUGCAGAUUACCCAGUCUUAA